CGGUCAGUUUUAGAUCCUGAUCAAAUACUGCUUGCCGGAGCACACAACAGUUUUAGCAACCCGCCGCCAGGUCUGGGUUCUGGACAGGACCCGGCUACCCAAACGUGUGGGCUCACCAGGCCCUUCUGUACCAAGUCCCGCUACCGUUCCAUAGACGGAUCUUGUAAUAACCUACUACGCCCAGCUUGGGGCACGCCGCAGACGCCUUAUGGAAGACUUGUGCCUUACAAUUAUGCUGACGGUAUAAACGCGUGGCCCCGGUCAGUGACAGGCGCACCGUUGCCAAAUCCUCGUGAGAUCAGCUUAAGGUUGUUCCCUGACAGGCAGCUCAUCGAUCCUCUGUGGAACUUGAACGCCCAGCAGUGGGGACAGAUAAUAACACACGACAUGUCCUUGACCGCUGGCGUGGCGCAGUCCCAUAAGGAUCAAAUAACGUGCUGUACGGACAACGGGCAGCUUGCAGCUGACGCGCCUACCAAUCCUUUCUGUGCGCCCAUCAUCGUACCUCCAAACGACCCUGUGCACGCCUCUCAAGGGACUCAGUGCUUUAACUUCGUGCGGACCACUACAACCAGAGAUAGAGGAUGCACCGCGCCCAAUGCACCUGCUGAACCGUUGUCCACGGUGACUGCGUACAUGGAUCUGUCCCUGGUAUAUGGCAGUAGCGCAGGACAAGCUGCACCAAUCCGCGCCGGCGUCGGAGGGCGUAUGCUGACCGUACUGAGAACUGGACGCGAAUGGCCUCCCCAAGACCCGAACAUCACUCUUACUUGCGAGUCUGCGCAGUCUCUCAACGAACCAUGUUAUUUGACAGGUGAUAUAAGAGUCAAUCAGAACCCGCAGUUAACAGUACUCCAGAUCAUUCUACUGCGUGAACACAACAGGAUAGCCGAUGCUCUGCAGCAACUGAACCCUCACUGGAGCGACGAGGUUGUGUUCCAAGAAGCAAGGAGGAUCCACAUCGCUGAAAUUCAACAUAUCAACUAUUAUGAAUACUUGCCGAUAUUCCUUGGGUUUGAAAACAUGGUGAAAAACAAGUUGAUCUACCCGGGCGCUCACGGCUAUGUCAACGAUUAUAAUCCCAGCGUGGAUCCUUCUAUUUUGGACGAGCACGCCACGGCAGCUUUCAGGCAUUUCCACACUUUGAUUCGAGGGUAUUUGAAAUUGAUAGCCGAAAACCGAGCUUUGGUUGGCGCAGUCCGCAUGAGCGACUGGUUCAACAGACCUUUAUUGCUAGAAGUGAACGACUCUUUUGACAACCUACUCCGCGGUCUCACUGUCCAGGAACAAGACUUCAGCGACCAGUUCUGGGACUCGGAGAUGACACAGUUCCUUUUCAAGCGCAACAACACGUUCGGCGGAGACUUGCGUGCGACGGAUAUUCAACGUGGUCGAGAUCAUGGGCUUGGUAGUUACUUAGUGACCCGCGCGGCUUGUGGCCUGCCAGUGCCGAAGACCUUCGAAGAUAUGCUGGACUUUAUUUCAGCUGAGAACGUACAAGUCCUCCGCAACCUGUACGCGGUGCCUGAAGACGUGGAGCUGGUGGUGGCGGGCUCGCUGGAGCGGAACGUGCCGGGUGCGCAAGCGGGCCCCACGUACCUCUGCAUUCUUACAGAACAGUUCUACCGCACGCGUGUUGCUGAUAGAUACUUCUAUGAGAAUGGAGCUGAUCCGGACACUGCUUUCACUCCCAGUCAGCUCGAAGCCAUCCGACACGGCGCUUCGAUGGCACGAGUGCUCUGCGACAACGGUGACGGCGUUAGAUCCAUGCAACCUCGAGCCUUCCAACAAGUGUCACAAGGCAAUAAGGUAGAGCCUUGCGACCACCUACCAUUCAUCGACCUCACGUUAUGGCAGGAUGCUACAGGCCACUUUAAGUAAAA